CUGGGUGUCACUUUAAGGGUACUGCUGGCCCAGAGCCCUGACCCGCCCCUAUGCUCAGCGUCACACAUCUCUUCCUGCUCUGCAGGCCGCUUCCAACCCUCCUGCUCCUUUCCCCAUCCCCAGCUCAGCAUGGCCUCCCCCACCUCGGAGAAGCUGGAGGACAAACUGCUGUGCUCCAUCUGCCUGGAGCUCUUUGUGGUGCCCAUCACUUUACCCUGCGGGCACAACUUCUGCGAGCACUGCAUCGACAACCACAGGAACAAACAGGAGCAGGCGGUCAACGGGCCCAAGAGGGGCUACACGUGCCCUACGUGCCGCUACAGCUGCGAGCAGCAUCUGGAGCUGAAGAAGAACGUGACGCUGAGCGACGUGGUGGAGCUGGCACGGACGGGCAGGGUGCAGGCAGGGGGCUGCGAGGUGGCCCAUGUUGGGCUGUGCUCGUUGCAUGGCCGCCCGCUGGAGCUGUACUGUGAGGAUGAGCAGCGCUGCAUCUGCUGCGUGUGCGUCGUGCGGAGGUGCCAGCAGCACCGCACGGCUCUGUUUGAAGACGUGCGCUCCAGGAAGCAGGCUCAGCUGGAAAGGUCCCUGGAAGAAGCCCAGAGAGAAGCAGAGAGGAUGGAGCAGGCGCUGCGGGAGCUGGAGGAGCGGGCACAGAGCAUCGAGGACUCUUCUGAGAGGCUCCAAGCUGUGAUCCUGAGCAAAUUUACCCACCUGGAGGAAGCGCUGGCCAAGUUCCGGGAGCAGAUGGUAGCCAAGGUGAAGCAGGAGGAGUCAGUGGCUAUGGGACAUAUAGAAAAGGACCGGAAUGCAUUGAAGGAUCAUCUGGAGGCUCUUGGGCAGCACCGGGACCAGGCACAGCACCUGAUGGACUGCACUGACCAUCAGACCUUCCUCAAGGAGUUCCUGCAGCUCCCAACCCUGCAGAGCAUGGAGGUGCCACCGCUGGUGGAGUUCAACGUGGCUGUUGUGAUGGAACCCAUGAGCGAGAUCCUCACUGCUACCUCCAGGCUGCUGCUGGAGGAGCUGCCUGCCUCGCUGAGCCCCAGUGCCCCUGAAGCACCUGACCCCAUUGCCCCAGGCCCGGUGCAGCCCGAGGAGACACCAAUGAAGGUGGUGUCCAGCCCUGUCCCCAAGUGCCGGCUGCGUGCUGAGCUGCUGAAGGAUCACCGAAACCUCACCUUCGAUCCCGACACGGCCAACAAGUACCUGGAGCUGUCGUGUGCUCAGCGCAGAGCCAAGCACGGCCCCAGCACCGCUGCAGGUUGGCAGGAGCGCAGCCAUCGCUUCGAGCCCUGGCAGGUGCUGUGUGUGCAGAGCUACGGGCAGGGCCGCCAUUACUGGGAGGUGACCAUCUCCAGCCAUUCUGUGGUGCUGGGGGUGACUUACGGUGGGCUCUCCCGGCACAAAGUGAAGGGCUGCAAGUUCAACAUUGGGCUGGAUGGCGGCUCGUGGGGGCUGCAGGUGAGGGAGGACAGCUACGUCGCCCGGCACAAGGGGCAGGAGGAGAAAAUCCAGCUGCGGCCAUACACCGAGCUGGGGGUCUGCCUGGAUUAUGAGUGUGGGCUGCUCUCCUUCUAUGGCCUCGGGGAGGAGGUGCAGCUCAUCCAUUCCUUCCACACCGUCUUCACGGAGCCGCUGUUCCCCGUGUUCUGGCUGUGUGAGGGCCGCACCAUCACUUUGUGCCACAGGGACUGUGAGGGCAAUGAUGGAGAGCUGGGGCUGUGACAUGUUGGGUAGGGAAUAAGGCACACAGGUAAUGGUGAUGCUCUUGCAGCAGGGAUGGAGACCCCAAUCACUGUCCAUAGGGACUUAUGGGGGCUGUGCUCCCAUGCAGAUGGGAUGUGGAGAUGGGAUUCCCUUUUGCCUUUUGACCUGGAGGAAAAUGAGGCUUGAAGAGCCCAUGGGAAGGUGUGGGGGCUGCAGGCAGGUCCUGUGCUCCCAGCCAUCCCCACCCCCUCACACUGCUUUGGAGGUGGCAGAGCUGCCUUUUGGGGUGACACGUUUCUCACUGGAAGAAGCUGUUUACCCCAAUAAAGUUCUGAUUUCCUGCUGGUGUGACCUCAGUGCAGGUGGGGCUGAGCUGGGUGCCUCUGUUCCUGCAUGUCCAGCAGCAGAAAUAGUCAUGGCUCUGUUUACAGCAGCACAGAGAAAAGGGAAACGUGAUUUCCUAUGUCUCUGCCCCAAGGUUGAUCUGACCCAGAAUAAAACCUCAAAGCUUU